UCAGUGGAAAAUAACGGGUAUUAAUUAACAUGAUUUGAACAUUUUCGUUACUUCAGUAUGUAUGAUCAUGGACUACUUGUAAAAAAGGGGCAAAUUAUGGAAUGAUUAAAGAUCAGUGAGAUGGAAGAUGAGGUCUCAGAUCUGGGAUUUGUCAGUGUUAAUAGUAUUCAUAUUGCAGAAAACCAAUGCUUACUCAUCAUAUAGCCACCUGUUUGAGGAUGGAGAGUGCAGUUUGUUUGCACGUUUUGAGACCAGUGCUGGUGAAGUCCUGAAUGAGUACUGUUACAAAUGUUUACAUACUUCUGAUCAUGAAUAUCUCCAGGAUUGUAUAAAUCCUUACUGCCAUGAUCCGAAGUUUGUGUUAAAGGAAAAUGGCAGUUUAACAUACUAUAAUUGUAGGAGAGGUUGUGGUGGGCAGCCUUUAGCCUGUGAUGCACCAAAGUCGAUUGAUAAUUUGGAAUGGUCCUGUAGCGAAGAUAAAGAAAAUAAACUGCUCUCUAGGAAGUUUUUGCCCUGUCAGACAUGUCAUGCAGUCUGUUCCCCUGGUUACCAGCUAAAGCAACCUGUGACUAUUUCAUGUGUGCAGAAAAACUUGACACACUUAAGCUGGAACACCACUGAAGUCAGGACCUACUGUAUCAGCAUUGAGAAAAUCUGUGGUACUCCUGGCAUCCCUGGUGUGACCUUGGAAGAUUGCGAGACCUAUGACGAGCUUGACCCCUCUACUGGUCAAUUCUCAUUUUAUCAGGAUUGUACCACUAGGUGCCACCCUGGCCUACAUCAGGUGUUCAGUGUCAACACAUCUUGUGGAGAGGAUGGCAACUGGAAUCAUCUAGAAAGACUGGGAAAGAUGUGCAUUGAUCCCUCGCUAGGCUGUGAGUUGAUGAACUCAACAGGGAGCUGGAACUGUACUGGUACUUGGUUUAACAGUACCCAUGUGUCCUCAGGGGCAUUUUGUCAACUUGAUUGUGGGCAACUUGAAGAUAAUGGGAAUGCUGUUCUGUGUAACAAUACACAUUUGUUCCGCUUACAUGAAAAUUUACAAUAUCCCUUCUGCUACAAGUAUAAAGAUAGGAAAGACAGGGCACGUGAAAAUAAUGGGUACAGUAUUUAUGUCGCAGUAACUUUGAUCUCACUUAUGUUGCUGUCAGUGUGUAAGUGCAAUGGAUGGGGGAAAAUUGUAUCCAUUCAAAGGAAAUGCAGACUUUGGAUGAAAAAUUAUUCAGGAGAGUGCAGUAAAUAUGCAGGUGUUAAUCCUGGUCCAACCGCUGCUGGUGUUAAUCCUGGUCCAACCGCUGCUGGUGUUAAUCCUGGUCCAACCGCUGCUGGUGUUAAUCCUGGUCCAACUGCUGCUGGUGUUAAUCCUGGUCCAACUGCUGCUGGUGUUAAUCCUGGGCCAACUGCAGCUGGUGUUAAUCCUGGUCCAACUGCUGCUGGUGUUAAUCUAGAUCCAACUGCAGCUGGUGUUAAUCCUGGUCCAACUGCUGCUAGUGUUAAUCCUGGUCCAGCCGCUGCUGGUGUUAAUCCUGGUCCAACCGCUGCUGGUGUUAAUCCUGGUCCAACCGCUGCUGGUGUUAAUCCUGGUCCAACUGCUGCUGGUGUUAAUCCUGGUCCAACCGCUGCUGGUGUUAAUCCUGGUUUAUCUCCUGGUGUUAAUCCUGGUCUUCCUACUGAUGGAGUUGAUCCAGAUAGGUUGUUCCCUGCUGAUAAUUUUGACUCAUUUGGAUCUGCAGAACUUUUUGAUUCCACACUGGAUGAAAAGUUACUGAACUCUUGUGAAGGAGACAGCCUGAUGAACGAUGCUAAUAAACUUGAGGAUCCUUUGUCCAGUUAUGAUACAUCUGAGUGUAGUACAAGAUCUAGUGGUGAUGGACUAUCCCAAUCUUUACUAUAGGUCGAAGUAUCCAGUGAGGAAUGAUUCUGUGAGCAAAAGUCACUAAAAUUUUUGCCAGUUAUUGAAAUUCUUUGUAAUUUACCUAUCUAGGGUAGCUCUGCAGGCUAUAGAGCAUAAUAUUUGUACCCGAAAUUCUUAGUGUAUGAACACAGGAGUAGGAGAAAGAGACCAUUCACUUUAGAUCUAACAUCUUCUUUUCUGAAACAGAUACUUUUUUAUCCUCAAUGAAACACUUUUGCAAGUGAUAUUAACUUGGGUUACAUCCGUCCAUGUGUUCUUGCAUUUGCUUUUCCCGGCACUAACUCUGUUUUCAAGCUAGUACUUCCCUAGUGCCUUUUGCUGUGGAGCAGCUCUCAUGUUCAAUACAAUGUCUGCUAGAAACAGAAAGGCCGAACUACAAAUUGCGGUUGUAUGGGUCAUGACUCCAAAACCGUUAAAUAUAACUACCUGAAACUUUGUACAACUAUCAUGCUAGCAUUUAGGUAACGUCUUUUGCUAUGGAGGAGUUCUAAUACUUUAUAUCUAACCAUGGAAACAGGUAAAACUAAAAGUUGCGUUGUUUUGCACAUACAUCAUUCACAUCCUCUCUGAAACCCAUCCAUCCCUCCCAUCCAUCUCUCAGACCCAUCCCUCACAUUCAUCUUGGUUUGAUAGGUAUUUGAGACAACCUGAUAUAAUGGUUAUUAGAUAGACAAAAAUGUAAUAUUCAAGAUUCUGAGUUAAGAUAUCUAAGUAAAUAAUCUGUGUCCAGAAAACUGUUUGAAAAAGUCAUAUAGCAAUUCAUAAAGUAACAUAUCAGAAAUUGUAGAAAUGGUAACUUUGUAUGAAAUUGUAAUGACUCCUUCUGUGUGAUUUAAUAUUGAGAUGAAAUGGGAGAGUUAUCUCUUUGGAGAAAUGUUAGAUAAAUGUACUGUUUGUAUAGGAUAAUCAUAUUGGUAAGUUGUUUCAUUGUUCUACUGAUCAGUCAGGUAGUUGAAGAAUCAUAAUUGUUCUUGAACUGGUAUCGGUCUUAAUUGAGGCCCCACUGAGUAUACAGUAUUGUUCUGGCAAUAAGUCCAUGUCAUAAACUCAUCCAAAUUAAGUAGUUGUUAGAGUAUGUUCCCUCAAUAUCCUGAUAACUACAAUACUAUCUUUGCUUCAUCAGAAGCAUUGAAAAUUUUAUGGUGUGAUUCAUGGAAAAAAAUUGGUCGUAUUUAAUAUCUUAUAAAAAUGUAGAUCCAUAUCAUUAUAUGUAUUAUAGAUUUUUAUUAUUCAAUUUUAUAUAACUUUUAUUUUUACGCUUUUUAUCUUUGAUCAAGAAUUCCAACUACCAGUACUUAUUUCCAGUAUGUUUAUACAUAUAUCUCAGCAAAUUUUCAGCAAUAUUUGGUAAUUAACAACAUUGAACCUUUCAUAGCAUACUUGUGCUUAGCUUAAAUCUGAUCAGGAUUAGACAUGUCGGAGUGUAUAGGUUUGUGUGAUAAAAACAUGUGCCUAUUGGUAUUAGCCUAAAAUGGAUCAGGAUGAGACAUGUCAAAGUGUAGAGGUUUGUGUGAUAAAAACAUGUGCCUAUUGGUAUUAGCCUAAAAUAGAUCAGGAAAAUUAAUUUAGAUUGUAUAGGUUUGUGAUAAAAACAUGGCUGUUGGUAUUAGCUUAAAUUUGAAAUUUUACCCUGUUUUUAUAGACAUGUCUGCUUUACUUGUGGUUCCUAAGCAGAAAUUAUUACAUUGUAUAUAAUUUAUAAUACAUUUUAUAGCAGAUCUGUGAUAAUGUAUUUUUUACCAAGUGGGACAAAUAGUUCUUUUUUAAUUAAUUAUUUUUGAUUUUAAACAUUUGGGAAAAAUGAAACUUGGCCGAUAUUUUUGCAUAUGAUCAGAAUGAUGAGAGAGUAUUCUAUUAUUUUGUUAUUGAUGUAGAAGCAAUGAGGGCAUGAUACAAGCAUAUUAGUACAACUGUGAUAACAGGGUACCCAUUUAAUCAGUGCAACUAUACUGCAAUAAAGUUACAAAACACAUAUGUGUGGAAAUGAAAUGUAAAUGAAUAAAACUCCCACUAUCUGACAGCUCUCCUGAUCCCAGAAGGCUACAAUAUUAUGAUCAAUGUUCAACAGACGUCUAAUACUCCUAUAAGACUUCGAAUAAAUGUAAUAAACAUAUUUUUUGAGACAAUUCUUUGUGAAAGACGUUUUCCUGAAAUAAACAGAGAAAACAUGUUUAGAAA